UCUUUUCCUUUUUCAAGACAAUCGAAGCACUCGAGCCACUUAAAAAUCUCUCAGAAUUGUCAGAAUUGGAUUUAUUUGAGUGUAGAGUAACGGAACUUCCAAAUUACCGAAAGGAUAUGUUUACUUUAUUGCCACAAAUUAAAUAUUUGGACGGUUUUGAUAUAAAUGAUAGUAAUCUUUUUAAUAAAUUUUUAUUUUUAAAAAUUUUCUUAGAAGAAGAUCUUUCAGAUGAAUCUGAGGAUGGUGAAGAGAAUUUUGGUGACGAUAAAUUUAACAGUGAUUAUGAGGAAGUUUUUGAAAAGAAAGUUGAUGGAAAGCUUAAUAAUUUUCAAACUAAACUUUCGUUAGUUGAAAGUAAAAAUAAGGAGGCAAUGGAGGUUUUGGAGAAGAAAAUGAAUGAGGAAAUUCAAAAACUCAAGUCUGAACACCAAAAUGAAAUUAAAAAUUUAAAAGAAAGUUUUCAACAAAUAAUUGAGGAAAAAAUUAAAGAAAUUAAAGAAACAAAGGAAACGCAAAAGAAGAUUGAUGAAUUAGAAGAAGACACGGCAUCACAAAAAUCAGACCUUUCAAAUGGAUUUGAAUUAUUGACAUAUAAUGAAAAUAAACUUUAAAUAUAAAGUGUUGAUAAAUAAAUCUGUAAAACACAAAAAUUUUUUUUGUAAAUUUACUCAAUUUUUUUUGGUUU